AUGAGAGAGGAAGUUCGUGAGAAGACCUUAAGGGAGCUAGUGGAGCCUGACAUGGACCAACAUCCUUUGUGCAUUGUAUUUCCACUAACCACGGUGCCUUUCAAAUUAAAACGAAGAUUGAUCAAUUUAUUACCAACUUUCAGAGGGCUUGCACGGGAGAACCCACACAAACACAUCAAAGACUUUCAUAUGGUCUGUGUAAGUUUGAGACCCCAUGGAGUCACAAAAGGGCAACUAAACCUAAGGGCGUUUCCUUUUUCACUACAAGAUGACACCAAGGAUUGGUUGUACUAUUUGGCUCCUGAAUCAAUUACUACUUGGAAUGAACUGAAAAAGAAAUUUCUUGAAAAAAUUCUCCCAGCCUUUAGGGCCCAUUCCAUAAGGAAAGACAUUUAUGGUAUAAAACAGUUUAUGGGAGAAUCUCUAUCUGAAUAUUGGGAAUGCUAUAAAUAUUUAUGUGCUAAUGUUCCCCGUCAUCAAAUUUAUGACCAAUUACUAAUUCAAUAUUUCUAUAAUGGCUUACUUACCAAGGACAGGAAUUUAAUCGACUCCGCAGCUGGGGGUGGUCUUGCUGACAAAGCCCUCAGGGAGGCCCAAGAAUUGAUAUCUCGCAUGGUUGAGAAUAACCAAAAUUUUGGCACCAGGGCCACUGAAUCUAAUUUGGCCCAAGGAGGAGUAGCUCAAGUUAAGGCUUGUGGAGCCUGUGGAGUAGUUGGGCACGCAUCUGAAGCAUGUUCUCAAGCUCAAGUUGGCGUGAUCACCCUAACCUUAAGUGGGGAGGUCGAGACUAAGGACAAGAGCAUGACAGUUCUAACCGUUCCAAUCAACCAUCGUCGUCUUCCUCAGCUGCAGAAAGACUCAUUUCAAUGGUCUCAAGACACUAAGGCCUAUCAACAAGAGACUAGAGCAAGCAUGGCCAAUCUAAGGACUCAAGUUACAGAACUAGCUGCUGCAAUAAAUCGAAUUGAGAACAAAAGUUCUAGAAAGCUUCCUGCCCAACCAGACCAUGCCAAUGUCAGUGGUGUAACACUAAGAAGUGGUAAGGAGCUUCCAUCACCCAAGACCUCCUCUGACGAUCCUUCUUCAAUUUGUAAGACAAACAAAGAAACUGAAAAGAAUGAUGGUGAUUCUGAGACACAACCACCUAAGGAACAAAGGGAUGAAGAGCUUAUCGAGAUGGAGGUUCAAAUUAACAUUGCGCUCUUGAAUGCAAUUAAGCAAAUACCCAAGUAUGCUAAAUUCCUCAAGGAGCUGUGUACCAACAAGAGAAAAGAUGAUAUAUUGCAUGAUGAAAAUGAUGAUGUGAACACGUUAAUUGCUCUAUAUAUUGAUAUAGACUCACAUGACUUGUCUCUUGCUGUUGUUGAUGCUACCAAAAUAUAUGAACCUUCUUCUGACUUUGAUAUGUUUGACUUGCAGGUACAAGGGACUGAGCUGAAAGCUCUCCUUAGUCAUUUAAAAUAUGUGUACUUGGGAGAAAGAAAUACCCUUCCAGUCAUAAUUUCCAAAGAAUUGACACUGGCCCAAGAGGAAUCAUUGAUCGACAUCCUGAAAACUUAUAAAGAGGCCAUUUGA